AUGAUUGCCACUAUCCCUUGCGAAAGAGCCCUCUGUGAUGCGGCAUCCCGCGCAUCUGUUCAAUGGCUUAUUGACGUAGCGCAACUUGUAGAGCCCGAGAUCACAGAGUAUAUUGAUAUGGACGGAAACGCACUCGCUGCAGUUUGCUAUCCUGAUGCAGAUGCAUUCCAUCUCCAAGUGUGCUCUGAUGUCGUCAACUGGAUGUUCAUUAUAGAUGACUGGAUGGAGUAUGGUGUCGUCGAUGUACGGGAGGCGCACGAAUCCUGUAUUUCUGCAUUGCGCGAUCCCAACAAUUUUGACGCGGAACAGCUUGGUGGAAAGAUGUGCAAAUCGUUUUUCAGCCGCUUCAAGGAGACUGCCGGUCCCGGCAGCACAGAGCGGUUUAUCUACACAAGCGAACUAUUCUUCGCUGCUGUAGCUAGGCAAAUGGACAACCGUGCCAAAGGACAUAUGUAUAAUCUGGAAUCUUACAUCGCCUUUAGGCGAGAUCAAAGUGGGACGAAGAUAUCCUUCACCCUUUCCGAAUUUGCAGCUCGAAUUGAUCUUCCCGACGACGUUGUGUCGCAUCCAGUUAUCAAGGCCUUGGAGGAUGCAACCAGUGAUUAUGUCUCCUGGUCUAAUGAUAUUUUUUCAUACAACAAGGAGCAAUCUCGCGGUACCGCACCCUGGGAAAACAUAGUUGCCGUGCUCAUGCACGAACGAGGUCUAGACCUGCAAGGCGCCAUGGACUACGCUAGCCAGAUGUGCAAAGAUGCCAUCCAGCGCUUUGACUCCAACCGUGCUAUCCUCCCCUCGUGGGAAGAAGAGGUCGACAGGCAGGUGGCUAUCUACGUCGAAGGACUGCAGAACUGGAUUGUCGGCUCACUUCACUGGUACCAUGAUUCCCCCCGCUAUGCUGUCAUGCCGGACCGAAUUGUGAAGCUACUUCCUAAAAGGCACUUGUAGAGCCUAAUAACACAUAGUGCGUGACUUUUGGAGCAGAACGUUAGUACAUGAUUCACGUCUCACACAGACCUGAAAGUUUUGCUUUGGUUGCAUAAUACGUGGCAUCCUGCUUUCCAUGCUUUGUCCUCCGUGGUUUCAAUUUCUCGUUCAGCUUCUUGCGUGUAACACUUCCCGUCCGUCUU